AUGGCGGCUGCGGCAACAGCGGUGGGUGUCAGGCUCCGGGACUGCUGCAGCCGAGGCGCUGUGCUCCUGCUCUUCUUCUCCCUGUCCCCUCAGCCCCCGGCCGCCGCCGCUUGGCUGCUGGGCCUGCGGCCCGAGGACACCGCUGGAGGCCGCGUGUCCCUGGAAGGGGGCACCCUGCGCGCAGCGGAAGGCACCAGCUUCCUCCUGCGAGUCUAUUUCCAGCCCGGGCCAGCGGCGCCCGCGGCGCCGGUGCCCGCACCCACCCUUUCCCCAGGAGAGAACGGCACCGGCGACUGGGCUCCGCGGCUCGUGUUCAUCGAGGAGCCCCCGGGAGGUAGCGGCGUGGCGCCCAGUGCUGUCCCCACGCGCCCCCCGGGGCCGCAGCGCUGCCGCGAGCAGAGCGACUGGGCGUCCGACGUGGAGGUCCUGGGUCCCCUGCGCCCCGGAGGCGUGGCGGGUUCGGCUUUAGUCCAGGUGCGGGUGCGGGAGCUGCGCAAGGGCGAGGCAGAGAAGGGCGGCGCGGGCGGUGGCGGGAAGCUCUUCUCGCUGUGCGCCUGGGACGGGCGCGCCUGGCACCACCACGGCGCCGCGGGCGGCUUCCUGCUGCGCGUCCGCCCGCGGCUGUACGGUCCUGGCGGGGACCUGCUGCCGCCCGCGUGGCUUCGGGCGCUCGGGGCGCUCUUGCUGCUCGCCCUGUCUGCCCUAUUCAGCGGCCUGCGCCUGAGCCUGCUCUCGCUGGACCCGGUGGAGUUACGGGUGCUGCGGAACAGUGGCUCGGCCGCAGAACAGGAGCAGGCGCGCCGCGUGCAGGCGGUGCGCGGCAGGGGGACCCAUCUGCUCUGCACCCUGCUCCUGGGCCAAGCCGGAGCCAACGCUGCCCUGGCCGGCUGGCUGUACGCCUCGCUGCCGCCGGGCGUCGGGGGCACUGGCGAAGAUGACGGCGAGGCAGGGAUUCACUUCCCGUGGCUGCCGGCGCUGGUGUGCACCGGCGCCGUGUUUCUGGGCGCCGAGAUCUGCCCCUACUCGGUGUGUUCGCGGCACGGGCUGGCCAUCGCCUCGCACAGCGUGUGCCUGACCCGACUCCUGAUGGCGGCCGCCUUCCCCGUGUGCUACCCGCUGGGCCGCCUGCUGGACUGGGCACUGCGACAGGAGAUCAGCACCUUCUACACGCGGGAGAAGCUGCUGGAGACGCUACGGGCCGCGGACCCCUACAGCGACCUGGUGAAGGAGGAGCUCAACAUCAUCCAGGGCGCCUUGGAGCUGCGCACCAAGGUGGUGGAGGAGGUGCUGACCCCCCUCGGGGACUGCUUCAUGCUGCGCUCCGACGCCGUCCUCGACUUCGCCACGGUCUCGGAGAUUCUGCGCAGCGGCUACACUCGCAUCCCCGUGUACGAGGGCGAUCAGCGGCACAACAUUGUGGACAUUCUGUUUGUCAAAGACUUGGCCUUCGUGGACCCCGACGACUGCACGCCGCUGCUCACCGUCACUCGCUUCUACAACCGGCCCCUGCACUGCGUCUUCAAUGACACCCGGCUGGACACGGUGCUGGAGGAGUUUAAGAAGGGAAAAUCUCACCUGGCCAUUGUCCAGCGGGUGAACAACGAGGGAGAAGGAGACCCCUUCUAUGAGGUGAUGGGCAUCGUGACCCUGGAGGACAUCAUAGAGGAGAUCAUUAAGUCAGAGAUCCUGGAUGAAACUGACCUCUACACCGACAACCGGAAAAAGCAGAGGGUCCCACACCGGGAGAGGAAGCGGCACGACUUCUCCCUGUUCAAGCUUUCCGACUCGGAGAUGAGGGUGAAGAUCUCCCCACAGCUUCUGCUGGCCACACACCGCUUCAUGGCCACAGAAGUGGAGCCCUUUAAAUCUCUGUACCUUUCGGAGAAGAUCCUGCUCCGGCUCCUGAAACAUCCCAAUGUGAUCCAGGAGCUGAAGUUUGACGAGAAGAAUAAGAAAGCCCCAGAACACUACCUCUACCAGCGCAACCGCCCCGUGGACUACUUUGUGCUGCUCCUGCAGGGUAAAGUAGAAGUGGAGGUUGGGAAGGAAGGCCUUCGCUUCGAGAAUGGAGCCUUCACCUACUAUGGUGUCCCAGCCGUCAUGACUACUGCUUGCUCAGAUAACGAUGUGCGGAAGGUCGGAAGUCUGGCUGGAUCCUCGGUCUUUUUAAACCGGUCCCCUUCUCGCUGCAGCGGGUUGAACCGCUCCGAGUCUCCAAACCGUGAGCGCAGUGACUUUGGGGGGAGCAACACCCAGCUGUGCAGCAGCAGCAACAACCUCUACACUCCUGACUACUCAGUGCACAUCCUCAGCGAUGUGCAGUUUGUGAAGAUCACACGGCAGCAGUACCAGAAUGCACUGACCGCCUGCCGCAUGGACAGCUCACCCCAGUCCCCUGACAUGGAGGCCUUCGCUGACGGAGACGCCACCAAAGCCCCUGCGACCCGGGGUACCCCCCAGACCCCCAAGGAUGACCGUGCCAUCACCCUCCUGAGCAACAGGAACAGCCUGCCCUGCAGCCGCUCAGAUGGGCUGAGAAGCGCUGGCGAGGUCGUGGACCUGAGGAUGGAGGAGAUGGCCUUCGCCCAGGAGGACGUGAGGGGCCUCGAGGAGCGGAGCACACAGCAGCUCUUGCUGUCUUCUGCAGCCGUUCCCACCACAGCAGCAUCAGAUAGUGAAUGCUGUAAUAUCAACCUGGACACAGAGACCAGCCCCUGCAGUAGCGACUUUGAGGAAACCUUGGGCAAGAAGCUGCUGAGAACCUUGAGUGGUCGAAAACAGAAGAGGUCACCCGAUGGAGAGAGAGCCUCUGAGGAGAACUCCAAUUUAAUGCCUCUGAUCACAUGAUGGGGCAGACAGUGCUUGCUGGGUAUGUGAGAUUCAGCGUUGAGGGAGAACCCACCCUCCCAUCUUCUGCGUCUCCCGAGGCCUCCCACAGGUGACAGAGCAUUCUGCUUUCCUUACCACCUCCUCAACCCUCGCUGUCAGUUUGGCAGAUUUCCCCUUGUUGCCUCCAGUUUGACUCAGAGCCUUGCUGUGGCCAUUAUGGAUGGAGGUGCCUCCAAUGGAACAUGCUAGAAAUGGUCUUCUCCACAGUACAAUCUGGGACUGGAGAAGAAAUGACCCCAAGCUGACUAUGCCACUUUGGGCCCCUGACCCCCUUUUUGUUCUUUGGGAUCCCCUGAUGCCAUAUUUCAUGCUUCGCUCAGCUCAGAAGGCGCCUCGGACAGGCACAGAGGCCGUGGGGUGGCAGGUGUCAAGGUUAGUGCAGGAGAUUCACUGAGACUGCCUCCAGGACUUGAGGCAGUGGGACCCAGCUGCGUUGGCAUGGGACGGUACAGAACAGAAAACUGUUGGUGACCGGUUUCCUGUUAGAGAAGGGUUCUAGCAGCCAGGGAAGUGUGUCUCGGCUGGAAUGGAAAGACCGUGAGAUGGAACCUCAAGUCACCGUUUUUUCCCAGGGACACAUCUUUCUGGCUCCUGAUCAGCAGUUCUCGAUCCAACAAUAAAUCUGCUCUGGAAGAGGAGGAGCAGAGAGCAGAGACCCAGUUGGGAGCGAGAGAUGGAACUUCAGGUUUUAAGUUGAAAUCAAAGCAAGCAAGCAAACAAAAACUUACGUAGAAAAAUUCUAAGCUGUUAAAGCAAGUUUAGCCAUGACAAACCAAAGAGUGCCCAGGUCAGCCAAGAAGGACGCAAGCUCUCGUGGGACUUCAGUGUCCAUUACACAGGGGCACUGAAGAAUCGCCCUUCUUUUUCAUCUGAUCCCGCCACACUACCCCUCCCCUUUCUCCUCCUCCCCAGCAGGUCAGCUAAGUGUACUUCAGUCCAUGAACUUCUAGGUCUUUUUUCACCUGGAUGUUGGAGCAGAUGCAAUUCCAAGUAUGGCCACCAGAUGGCAGAAUGACUCCAUACCUGCUUCGAGAAUAAACCAGAUCACUAAACCACAUAGCCGACCAACCUUCAGGAAAAUGUGGGAGUAAGUGAAGGUUGUCUUUGGGACACCUGUCUCCCUUUCUGUCUCCCAUCUCUUGAGUUCCGUCUAUCAGGGAUCCAGUGAUCCCAUUCUGCCUGCUCAAUCUCCAAACCAUUCCCAAAACCUUUCACUGGGAUAUUCUAUUCCAGGCUUACCUUGCUUUACCCCCAAAGCAUUAAUCUCACACCCCCACACCCAUUCAUUCAAUAAUCACAAGGGGAGAGGGGGAGACUGAUAAUUCCUCUGGGUCAUUUGCAUCUCGAAAGAAAAUGCUAACCCAAAGGAACCUUUAACUCAGGGGUUCUUAAUUUGGGGGUUAGUCACCCCAGGUGGGUCCAUUAUUGGACUUCAGAGGGUCUGUGAAACCCCUCAUACUGUCAGAGUUUAGUGUAUGUGUUCUUAUAUGUGUUGUCCGGAGGGCUAAAGCUUUCGUAAGAUUCUCAAAGGUCUCAGACUCACAAAGUGUUAAGAAACCACUAUUUUAGCUAGUGGAACUUUUCAGCCCAAAGUUUCUGCAGUGCAGAGUGAAGUGACUAGGGGGCAGUUCGAGACAGACUUUGAGAGACAGGCGGUCUUCUAUCAUACCGAUGGGGAAAGCUGACACCCGCCAGGAAGUGAAGGGCUUCAGAAAUCCUUGGCAUACCCCAGGGUGUGUUACCAUACCCCUACGUAACUUUGUCCCCUCUUCCCCACCAAACCAGAGCAGGUGUCGCAGAUGGGAGGGCCGCAGCACGUGG